CAUAAAUUUUAAAACAAAAUGAUAACACCAAAAUAGAAAUAUACUUAAAUGAUUUGACUUACACAAAAUUUGAAGAAUUAUUUCGAUAUUGAAAACUUAAAACACUAAGUUUGUAUAAAGUAGUCUCAUUUUUGUGGAUAAAAUUAAGAUAGUUUUUUGACAUAUAUUAUCAUUGAGUUGUCUUCGAACCAAGAUGGCAGCCUCCAUAGUCAACAGAGUUGCAAUUUCAUUACGAAAUACAUUUGCUCUUAAUCACAGUAAAACAGUUCCUUUAUUAUCAAAGCCAUUGACAGAAUCGUUUUCAUCACCAUGGAAACUGUGCACACAGAUCAGAACAUGUGCAGACACACCAAAGGAGUUUGAUCCAUUUGCAGAACCAAAAUUUAAUCAUCAAAAAAGGCUUUUAAAAUGGGCCGCAAACAGAGACUUUAACAAUCGUAAAUUAAUUAAACAAUAUGGACCACAACGAUUGAGACUUGUGACUAUGAAAAAGAGCAGAGUUUUACCUCAUCCUUUCAAGGAGUUAGUUGCAGCAGAAUUACAUGAGUUACCUAGGAGGAGUUCUGUUACUCACACCUUCCCACGAUGCAUUUUGACAGGAAAGUCACGAGGACGAUUACGCAGAUGGAGACUUAGUCGGAUACAGUGGAGAAUAUUAGCAGACUAUAAUAAUCUGUCUGGUGUAACACGUGCUCAGUGGUGAUUGAAUAAUGACUGUGGCUUAUACAUCAUAAGCAGACUAUAUAGAUUUGUCUAAAGUGAAAAUAGAGUCAGUGUACAAGAUAUCAGAAAAAAGAACAAUUUCAUGAUUUGUAAACAUUUGUUUGUAUUUUUAAGCUUGAGCGAUAAACAUGAUGAAAAAGAUGUGAAAUAUUAUUGAUGAUUGGUAAUAAAUUGUUUGUUUGAUGUUAAUUCCGUGAAACAGAGAAAAAAAAUUGUCGUUAGUUAAAUUGAUA